AGAAGAAGACAGCAUAGAGACAGGGGUGAGAGGGGGAGAGAUAUGGUAGGACAGAGAGAAUAAGUAUAGUAUGGACAGAGAGGAAGGUGGGGCAAUGUAGGGAAGAAAUAAUGUUGUAGGGAAGGAGGGAGAGAGAAGGAGGGAAGAUACUCUGCUUGACUGGGUAAGAAAGCUGCUGCCUGCAGUCUGUUCCUGGGCAGGCUAUGAGGCUGCAACACAUACAAUAGGCUGAGUUGAAUCCAGGUUCUGCACAACCCAGAAGAUCUUCCUUGCUCAGUUAGAAGCUGAAUAAGUAGGUGAGAUGACAGGAUGCUGUAGUAUAUGGAGAGGAGGCAUCUAGCAUGUUUUGGAGGUUGCAGAUCACACAAGGGAUGGCUUAAGGAUUGCCAAGGCACAAAGAGUGGUGAGAGGAAGGGAGUGUGUUUCCAGAAUCCAAGCAUCAUGCCAACCAGUGUAGCCUUGGUGUGAUGUUGCUGCUGCACAAAGAGACAUGGAGACACGGGGCUUGGUCACUGCUAUUAGCCUGGCUCUGAGCCUUGUCUCCCUCAUUCUGCUGGUGACAGCUAUAUUUACAGACCACUGGUAUGAGAUGGACACCCGCAAACACAAGGAGAUCUGUGAGAGCCAGGGCAACUCAGACCCUACAGACCAGAAGAACAGACUCAUGCCACUCUAUCAGCUGCCCUUUCGUGGAGACCCCUCAAGGAGCCGCAAGAUGGGUCUUCUGUCACCUGCUCCUGCUGGUGGGGUAAGAGAACCAGAGGAUCUGCUGGAAAACUGGAGGUCUCUGUUGGGACUGGGGGUUCUGGAGUCAGACUGUGGACGCCCACUCUUCUCUACUUAUUCUGGGCUGUGGAGGAAAUGCUACAUUAUGGGAAUCGACAAGGACAUUGACCAUCUGAUCCUGAAAGGAAUUGCUCAAAAAUGCACAGCCAUCAAAUAUCACUUCUCUCAACCUAUUCGCCUGAGGAAUAUUCCAUUCAAUCUGACCAGGACUAUUCAGCAAGACGAGUGGCACCUUCUCCAUUUAAGAAGAAUUACAGCUGGAUUUUUGGGCAUGGCUGCUGCGGUCCUCGUGUGCGGGUGUAUCGUGGCAGCAGUGAGUUUCUUUUGGGAAGAGAGCCUUACACAACAUGUGGCUGGACUGCUUUUUCUAAUGACAGGAAUCUUUUGUACAAUUUCUUUGUGUACAUAUGCAGCAAGUGUCGCUUAUGAUCUAAACCGCCUGCCAAAAUUUAUUUAUGGGCUUCCAAGUGAUGUGGAACAUGGAUACAGCUGGUCAUUGUUUUGUGCGUGGUGCAGUUUGGGUUUGAUAGUAGCAGCUGGGUGCCUCUGCACUGCCUAUCCAUUUAUCAGCAGGACCAAGAUUUUGCAUCUCAAGUUUGCCAGAGACUCGUGUGUAUGACUAUGAGACCUGCAAGUUUUCUGACUUUGUUUCCAUCUUUCAAGACAUUGUGUGCACUACAAAGACUGGCUAAGCGUGAUCUGCACGUAUCUAUAGAAUAACAGAUUAUCUUGUUUAAAGCACAAGUUCCAUAUCCUAAAAAGAUUACAAAAAAAAGGUAGCGUCUUGUUAUGUGAAAUGCAAAUGUAUGACAUUCCAUUGUUGGAUCUUGCCUUUUGACCCGCUUGAUCUCCUCUACAAACCGAUCAUCAGAUUGUCAAGUAAUUCUGUUAAAUUCAAAUGGAUAAAUUGAUUCAAAACACAGUAAGUUAAAGUGGUUAUCUGGGAAUAGAAAAACAAAGCUACUUUCUUUCAAAAACCACUCCCUGUCUGUCUCCAGGUUGGGUGUGGUUCUGCAGCUCAGUUCCAUUGAAGUGAAUGGAGUGAAGUUCUAAAAUCACACCCAACCUGGAGACAGACAUUGAGCUGUUUUUGAAAGAAAUUAGCUGUGUUUUUCUAUUAACCUUCAUGAUAAAACAGCAAAAGCAGUGGAAUACAUUGCAGUCAGGUUCUUUAUUUAUUUAUGCAGCAUAUUUACUUGUGUCACUUUAAAAACAUUAUAUACUUUAAAAGGUGUGCCCAUUUAAGUUUGUUAUUUCGAAAGUUUUACUGACAAAUAGAAUCCAGUCCUGUUAAAUCAAAUCUCUAGCUCAAAAGAUAUCCUUUUAAUACUAUGCUUGAUAAAGUUCACAUUCACACUGUGCUAAAGCCGUUUCAGAUGAUGUUCCAGUAUUGCAUCUCAUCGCCAAAUAGGAUUCCUUAAACUAUGCCAAUCCUGUUAUGCCAUAGAAAACUAGAUUAUGAAAUACAAUGUACAAAAUAAAUUAGGACCUGUGCAUAUAUUCUACUUUUUGCCCGUUUUGUCAGUUUACAGAUAUUUAUUUUUUUACAAUAUUAUUAGAUCUACGUUCAGUAUUACACGUUGGGUUCUAUGGGUAUUUUUGGAUGAAGUGGCAAACCCAUGACUUAUAGGGAACGCUGUGGACCUACAAAUUCACAGCAUGCCCUAAAAUUUGUAAUGAUUUUUUCUGCUGUGUGUAAAUAAGUUUUUCUAAAUUUUGACUCACCGGCGUUGUAUUAUAGUUUGAUUUUUUGUGUUAAAUUCACCACAAAACUACAGGAUCUAAUCUAAUGUGUCCCGUUAGCAAAAUUCCAAUAUUUCCAGUUGCUGACUAUAAAGAAGCCCAAAGCAACAUUUUCAUUUGAAACUCAAACCAAUAACCCCAGUACAAGACAGAUCAAUGUUUAUCAUAUGGCUAGUGUGUGAUUUGUUGGAAUACUAUGUGCUUAGGGGCAUCUAUGGAUUCCAGUGAAUGGAGCAAUGGACUUCAUGCAUUAUAAAAAUGCACAGUAGGCUCACUCGGUUAAUAAAUGAUUUUCUUAAUAAAA